ACUCCGAACCGCUCCAGCCGCGCUGAGUUUUCCUUGGCAGCCGUAAGUUGGAGAAAAAGAAAGGAAACACAUGUGUCCCGCUCUGUGUUUUGUUUUUCGACUGCCCCAGUAGACGGCGCGUAGUUUUUCACUUUGACGGGAGUUUUCCUUUCGGUCGUCGCCUCACACUCAUUUCUAAUUGUGAUUCGUAGGAAGUAAGUUCUCUAGUGCAAAAUAAAUAUUCAAGUAAAAUAGUUAUAAAUCGGAACACAACAAUAAAUACAAGCAAACACCACCAAGUAUCGAAAAUAGAGAAAUAAAUUUAAAAAAAACAAGAAAUUAUCCAUCCUAAACUCGUCGCCCCAACGUCUUUUGGUCUUCUUGUUCUCGUUCAACGUCCGUUAAACACCACGCAUCAAGAUUGAGUAACAUCAUCUGUGGAUAUCCCGAGAUAUAUAGAUACAAUAUCUGUGACAAGCGAGUGCCAGAGAUAUAGAUGAUAAGGAAAGCCACUUGCCACUGUAACUGUAAACGGAGUCCCCUCACGUAAGGCGCAACGUAACCUCGCAACGUAUCGGAGGCAAUCGGAGAUCUAACGAUUUCGAGAGUCCGCCCGGCAGCAAGGAGCACUUCAAACUGUAUACAUGCGUGCUACAACUAAGCCAGUGGAAGCCAUCUCGAUAGUCCCAGCCGCCGCAUAAUCGCCAUCCAAUUCGAACCGCUUCGAAAAAGUCCAAUCUCGGCCAAAACAGAGAACAGCAGACAAGCCCGAGCCGCUCGACCCCACGAACGGCAGCGAGAAGAACCUCUUUGGCCAGCGCGCACCCCGAGCUCCAGCUACAGCCUCAACAUUCUGCCCUUCGGAGCCCCCAACUUUCGUCUGGAGACGACACCCGCAGAGAUGCACAAGAUCGCGGCAGCGCCGCCUCCGACGGCAGCGCCCGGCGGAGGACUGGAGACGCCCCUGGCGGCGCCCAAAUACGGCACACUAAUACCCAACCGCAUCUUUGUGGGCGGCAUCAGCGGCGACACCACCGAGGCCGAUCUGACCCGCGUCUUCAGCGCCUACGGCACGGUGAAGAGCACCAAGAUCAUCGUGGAUCGGGCUGGCGUGAGCAAGGGCUACGGAUUUGUCACCUUCGAGACGGAGCAGGAGGCGCAAAGACUGCAAGCGGACGGUGAGUGCGUGGUUCUACGUGAUCGCAAGCUGAACAUUGCACCGGCCAUCAAGAAGCAGCCCAAUCCUCUGCAAUCCAUUGUGACCACGAACGGAGCUGUCUACUAUACCACCACGCCGCCGGCACCCAUCAGCAACAUACCCAUGGAUCAGUUCGCAGCCGCUGUUUAUCCGCCAGUUACUGACUUUACAGCCGCUGGAGUGCCAGCCAUCUACCCACCUUCAGCCAUGCAAUAUCAGCCAUUCUAUCAGUACUACAGUGUGCCAAUGAAUGUACCCACCAUUUGGCCUCAGAAUUACCAAGGUUAAAUCCAAAAAAGAAACAUAAAGUAAACAAAUUUUCGUAGUCGCCAAUUUUUCGUUGAGAGCUGCCCUGAAUAAGAAAACCAUACCAACAACAACUAAACCUACAACUGCAACGACAACAACAACAACAACAACAACCAUCUGCGACAACAACAACUACAAGAACAACAAUACCACGCCUAUAUGCUAUAUAUACGCCCCUCAACUCUGAUCGAACUGCAGCAGCAGCCGCACUCUUAGCUUAUAAUUUAGUUGAUUACGAUUAUGUUAAAAGCCUAUGAUUUAAUUUAAUUUAUGCUAAGUUCGGAGCUUUAGUUUUGGCCACACGCACACUAAAAUAUGUACAUGUAAUGUAAAUUAGUUGAAUGCCAUAGCAGGGGAAGUACCGUACCAGCUACAUCUAUAUACUUUUUAUGUCUUCGAUACAUAACUCUUUCGAUUGGUUUCCAUUUUUUCGGUUUUGCUUGCUGUAAAUAGCAGAGAAUGAAUGUAAAUAGCAGUAGACGGCACAAUCACUUUGCUUAUAUCAAUGCAUAUCCUAUAAAUACCGAUAUGAACCAUACGAACUCCCAGAUCCAUGAAGCUUUGCCAAUUUUUUCCGAAUAUUUUGUAGGAAUUUAUCCAUGUUAACUUUGAGGAUGCAGCAACAGCAACAAUAGUGAUGCUACUACUACUACAGCAACAACAACAACAACAACAAACAGCCACAACAACAAAAGUAAACUAAAAGCAUAAAUAGAAUUUAUAUGAGCGCAGAAGCACACUCACCACAGCUGCAAUUUCGGAAGUGUUUAGUCAAAGGAAAUCACAUAUUGAAGGUGAAAAACAGAAGCUCUGGAAGGACACUCACCCACACCAGCACACCCGCUCUCAGAUACGCACACACACACAUGGGGAAAGCAAGGAGACCAUUGCGAGUGCUGUAAAGUAAGCUGCUUAUGUUAUUAGAGAUGUGUGGCGGUGUGCUGGUGUGCGUGACGAGUGAUGGGGGAUAACAUUUUGGUAGAGGAAACAUUUAUGAUGUGCAAUUAGCGGUGGAGCAGGGGCGGGGCAGGGAGGGGGUGGUCUCUAGCGUUGACAAAACUGCAGUGUGUGUGUGUGGUAAGUCGGCAAGUGAAAGACAGAAAAAUACAUGCAAGCAGAGGAGGCGGGGGAACUUAAACCAUAUUUAAACUAUACCAUAUAGGAAACAUCAUGCUAAAUACACACAGCCGGAUUAUACAGAGGCAGCCAGUGCGGAGAGCACUCACUAAAACCAAUACACCGCACACGCACACACACUCACGAGCAGGACAAACACUAAUAUACACACAUGCUAUAUAGGGACAACUGCAGAACACACACUUACUAUAGAGGUAGCUAAGGAGCGGGUCAGCGAUCGAAGAUUAAAGACAUAAUAUUAUGCGUAAAUUAAUUUAUAUACAUAUAUACAAUACAUAUAAAGCGUAAAGUAAUUGUAACUCGUAACUGUAACUGUCCCACACAGACACAUACAGCAAUACAAAGCAAAAAGAUGAAUAGGCCGAGGAGACGACAUAGUCAAGCAGCAAAGCGACACACACACUAAACACACGCACACUCACACACGCACACACUCACACACCAACGAGUCCUGGGCCGAGGGUCAAGGGUCAUCGUUUAAAGGGACUGCCCUUAACUCUCAGAUCAGAAUUCGUUGAGGAGGAAAACCUAACUUGUAAGCCAAGCAAAAGAAAACUGAACGAAAUUUUAGUCUAAUCGAGCGUACUAAAGGGAGGAGAAAGUAAAAAUCAUAAAACCUAGCCACAUAAGCCAAGCAAAAAGUGAACUAAAAAAAAAAAAACAAAAACUACAAUAAAGAUAUUCAAAAUAUGCUAGCUAAAAUGCGAAAAACAUACACAUAACUCCCGGCCAGUAUAAACGGGAGGCAUAUAUUAGAGACUAUUAAAGGAAAGCUAAACUCAAAGCUCUAGCGACAAGGAAAUAGAUAAAAGUAAAAACUCAAGCAAUACAUAGACACUCAUAGGUGUGUGUUACACAAGAAUAUAUAGUUAAAUAUAUACGAAAAGCAAGCAAACGUAAAGUAAUGUAAUUAAUAAACUAAUGUACAAGAGGAAUCGAGAAGACGAACUCUGCGAAAACGUUGAUUUUGAUCAAUUCUGUUUUUCUACCACUCACUUAAGAUUCUGUUGUAUCUAUUGUUAUGACGAUGAUGAUGGCAUCAAACUAAUCAAAAACACGGGCGGAGAAAGCGAGAUGUGUUAACCAAAAUUAUUUAAAGUAAUGCUAAAGCGCGUUGGCCAGCAAUUUGCGGGGGCAGCCGCGGCGACCUGGCAGCGGAUUCCAUUCAAAAUUGGUGCAUAAUUUGGCUGAAAUGAUGAAUACCUUAGCGGAAAAUUCGAAAUGAAUAUUUACAUACAUAUACGUAUAUGCCUUAUUGAACGAAACUAAAUUAUUUGCCCUGUUAUCGUACGGUGACGAGCGUAAUAAACCAACCCAGAGGUUUCAAAAAUACCUGCUAAAACAGAUGUCGCCGAGGUCGCCCCCAAGUGUAGAUCAAAAUUUGAGACUCGCUGCCGCCGCAAAUGGCCGGCGCCGCGGAGUUGUUGACAAAUUUUUACUAAAUUGUUAAAUAGUUAAAUACAAAACCUUUUUAAAUCGAAUUGUAACAAUAAUUAGAAAUCACUCUUUGUUGAAACGAAGCAAACACACAAAACGUAAUGAAAUGGAAAGCAAUAAUUCACUUAGGCAUGCUCUAGUUAAAAACUGAAAACUGAAAUCAAGUCGAAGAAGCAACAUAGAAACCACCAACCAAGAGUACUUACAUGUAUGUCAGUCAAUAGGGAUUUUAUUUAGUUCGAGGGCACGGGUUCGAGUCCUGGGCCCACGCGCCCGGGGAAUCCAAAUUGCUGGGCGGGGCAAGUGGGGAAAGUCAGUGAAAGAGACGGCCUAGUUUCGAAAUGAGUUCAAUUCGCUCUUUUAUCCAGCCAUCCCAGCAAUUUUAUCUUCCGCAGACUAAUCAGAAAGCGAUCAGAUCAUAACUAAUGAAUCCAAGGCAUAACUUAAGUAUAUACGUGAUAUUUUGAAAUGCGAAAAUUCAUAAAUAAAUUGUUUAGGUUUAAACCAAUAUUAAAUAUAUUAUACAGAUAUAUACAUACAUACAUAUAUACAUUAUAAAGAUAAUGCCGAGGCAUAAUUAAACCAUAACGAUUAAUUAAAAGUAAUGAAUGAACAUUUUUGCUGACAAAACAAACAAAACAAAACAAAACCGAGAGACGAGUAAAAUGUUUGUAAACUCAAUUUAUUGUACGACUUGAAAAGGAAGUUCUUAAGUUUUUACUGAACAGCAGCAGAGCGCAGAGAGCAGAUUGUCCCAUCGUAAAAAUCUAUUUAGUUUAUAUAUAGUGAAUAUUUAUAUUAUAUAUACAUAUAUUAAAUGAACAAAUGGCAAGUAACAAACAAACCAACAAAAAGAAAUAGCAAUUAGACGACAGUAAAGGAAAGUGAAAAUUAUAUAUAUAUACAAUACAUAUAUAUCAUAGCGCAAAGAAUAAUAUAUAUUUUAAUGAGGAACAUCAACUGAUUAAGUGCAGCUCAACUACGAGCACAAAAUGUUUUUAGACUAAGUACCUACCUACCUAAAUGAAUUCAGCAAUUACAUAAUAUAUACAAGAGAUAGACGAGAACGCUGAAACGCGCAGGCCCAGAAGGCAGACUAGCUUCUACUUCUACGGAGUCUAAUUUGUAUAAUUAUAUAUACGUGCAUAUUACGAGGAUAAUGCCCCAUGAUCAUCACAGAAAAAGAAAGUAAACAUAUUUAACCACAAACACACCCACAAACACACUAUACUACCUAUAAAUAUAGAAACGAGAAAGAAGAAAAGAACGCAUAAAUAGCAAUAACAAUAAAGCAACAGCUACUUAAUAAUUUUAGCAAAAUGCAAAACACAAAAAUACGAGAUGAAAAAAUGAAUAGCAAAGUA